AGAAAAUGGGAAAACUAGAAAGGAAAAUCUUUGGUAUAGCUCAGAGUGCUUGCCUGACAAGCAUGAGAUCUUAGUUCAGUUCCUUGAUACAGGAAGGAAAGAAAGGAUAGGAAAGAAUGAGGAAAGGAAAAAGAGAAAUCUGAGUAGACACAGGGACAGAAAAGGCAUACUUGAUGGAGAAUACGGAACACCAGGAAGGGUGUUCUAUUGGGAUCUCAGAGGGAAGGGUACCCUGAAGUCGGUGCCAGAGGGGCACCAGUGACAGGGCUACUCACCCAAGUCCAGAUGCAGGCCAAGAAUCCAGCGGAAGGGCUUGGGCACCACGAUGGUUGUAUUGCCAAAGUUAGUGAAGUAGACCAUGAGGAGAGGUAGUGAGGCGGCUGUGGGCAGCAGCAGCUUAUGGCGCCAGCGCAGAUUGAGUACAUCAUCGGCGAAGCCCAGGAAGAUCAUGCAGCAGAUGGCAAGCAGGGCACCUAUCAGGGCCACAAACUGGGGACGGCUCGGGCAAAUCAGGAUUCAAGCCUGCUACCCGCCCUUCCAGAAGUCCUGCUUCCUGUCUCUUCUUUUGGAGUAGAGGACUGAACCCGGGGCUUUGGGCAUACUAGGGAGGCUCUAUCACUGAGCUAUAAUCAUCAGUCCAAGAAUUCCUGUCUCUACAGCCCUCUGCCCAAAUCCAAAUAACCCCAACUCAAGUAAGUACCCGGCCUCAGCCAACCGUCCGCACUAGUGCACUUACUUCAUGGUGGGGGAAGGCCUUACACUGCUGCUCCACAAAGCAGUUCAGGAAGGGGAAAGGGAUGAAGCAGAAGAGGAUGAUAAGGAAAACAGCACCGCUGAUCACUCCCUGGGACUCGGGGCUGCGGCCCAGCAGCAACCGGUGGAGGAGGAAGAGGAAAGGGGCGUGGUCACUCACUAUUGUAGGGGUUACAGUAACCCAGAGUGGCUUUCUUCCCAGGAUUUUGUUUUGUUGGGGAGUAGGGAGAGUGUGCACAGGGAAGAGGAUACCACUGCUAGAAGUCCUAACACCCAAAGGUCCCAUUCCGUCCUUUCCAGGAUAGACAAUUCUAUCACCCCACCCCCACCCGCCAGAGUUCUGGGUUGCCCAGGUUAGCUCUCUCGGGCCAGCGCAAAGCCAAGCACCUCAGUCCUCGCCCCUGUCCUGUACAACCUGGCCCCCUAACCCAGGACACUCGUGUGCCGUUAACUCACAUCUGCUGCCGGCUGAGCUUGUUGAGGUCCUGGCCACAGAGGCGCGCGGCGAUAAAGUGGCUACGAAAGGCAGGGAUGAGGGUGACCGUAGCCACAAAUCCCAGCAACGAGCCGAUGAAAUUCACCAGCAGCGGCAGCGGCAGCUCCGGGAAGGCCCACAUGGUGACCCGCCAGGGGCCGCCGCUCCGCCGCCUACUCGGCUAACUGGCAAACCCGGCACAAUCCCAGAGGCCUCGGCAGUCGGCAGUGCCGCUCCCUUACACGCAGAGUAUUCCCGCGCCAGCAGGAACAAAACCCAACUAUGACCUGACCCUCCCUCCUGACCUGCAAGAGGCUCUAUGAAGCAACCUCGGCUCUGCCUCGCUGCACCUACCCAUUGUUUCCGCCCGGAUCUUAAUUGCAAAAGAACUAUCGCUGCUGAAGACCGAGGCACCAUUUUUAAAACGGGCACUAGAGCUGGACGAGUGGUGUUAUUUUAAACUAAACUUUUGAUCAAGAGGAGUGGCAUCAUUAGAGUUUUGGAAACUCAACAGAAGAAAAGAUAAGUGGAUACUCUCGGAACAUCAUAUUGUACAGCUCAAAGCGGAAAUACGCUUUGCCCAGUUCCAACAUGAACGCUCCCUUCUACCACGUGGCUGAUACAGCUUGUUCUGUGGUUCCACGUCGUCCCCCGCGCAGGUCGGGCUUAAAGGGCUAGCAGCCUGAGCUUAAUCUAGGAUGCCCCGGGGCUGGAAAAUAUGGCUACUGAAAGCCUGUGGUCAAGAGAGAAAAGAGUGUGGAACCACGCCUGCUCUUAGCAAGAAAAUUGUUGCCAAGGUAAACAUUGCUUCCAGAAACGCAGCCACAAUUUGAAGGGAUUUUGUAAAUUCGAAAGCUCAGACACUCGAAAAGCCCCUCCCAUUUUUUUUUUUCUUGUUCACGAUCCAGGUACUUUUCCCUCAACAACCCACCCACCUUCUGCCUCCACUAUAGCAGUUUGUUGCUGGGCAACCCACGGCUGCAUUUCGCCACUGAGGGAGCUGUUGGUGCUUUCGGGUACUGGAUUUAAGCAGGGACUUUAACUUGGUGUUGGAUCACAGCACUGUGCCAAGCUCUCAAAACACGGAGACAAGCAUUCGAAAGAGCUAAUGAGGCAGGAGAGUUUAACCAUACCUCUGAAAUCAUUUUCUUACCCAGCACCCAUCCAGGAAGGUGAGAGGACUUGUUUGAAGACAAGGCAUUAGGGAUUUAUCAGCUACAUGGACAUGUUACUCUCAGAAGUGGUGACUUGGAUACUUGUCAUAUAAUCUGAAUAAUUGCUCCCGUGGUGAUCGUGAUCCCUUGAUGGACAGAGAAAGAAACAAAUACAUGGCUCACUUGAAAUUUUGUGUCUCUCCUGGUCAUAGUUCAAACAUGUGCCGUCAUCGCGGGGACUCACAGAUCUGCUGAGUUGUGGUUGUCCCUGUGCUGAGCAGACAGCACACAUCUCCUAAGCAGCCAAGUGCCUCCCAGGAAGCAAGGCCAACCUACCAUUAAAUCAAUUGCCUGACAAAGCCAAGCUCAGAAAUGUUUCACUGGGCAAAGCCUGGGGCUCUGAAACUAGCAAGGCCUGCCGUGGCCCUGUCCUUUUCUUCCUACCUUUCUCUUCUCACUCCAGCUAGCAAAACUCGUCAACUGGAAGUAAAACCAAACGUCUCCCAUUCCACUGGGCUGACAUGGAUUUUGAAAAGUGGAAAUAAUAUAGAAAUUCUUAGUGUCCACUUGGCUGGUCUGGAACUUGUGGCAAUCCUCCUGCUUGUCCCGCCUGAAUGCUGGUAUUAUAUGUACCAUCACAUCCAGCCUAGAAUUCUGGUUCUUUUUUUAAAGAAAAUGUGGUACAUAUACAUAAUGGAGUACUACUCAGCAGAGAAAAAUAAUGACAGCGUGAAAUCUGCAGGCAAAUGGAUGGAACUAGAAAAUAUCAUCCUGAGUGAGGUGACCCAGACCCAGAAGGACAAACAUGAGCUCCAUCCAAAUCGCCUUUGAGGAGGUACUCCAACUCCCACCCAGAGCCAGCAUUAAUCAUGUGACCUGCGUAGACCAAUCAGAGCGUACCAUGGUGCUGCACUGCCAGCUCGCUGCUGAGGAGGUGCGCUUCCCAGUCUCUGUGACCCAGCAGUCCCCCGCUGCCGUCUCCAUGGAGACCUACCACGUCACUCUGACACUGCCACCAACACAGUUGGAAGUCAGCCUGGAGGAAAUCCCUGAUGAGGGGCUGCUGGUGUCCUGGGCCUUCACUGACCGCCCAGAUCUCAGCCUAAUGGUGCUUCCUAAGCUGCAGAGCAGGGAGAGAGAUGAGGAACAAGCAGAACUUUCCACAGUUGAGGAACUGAUCAAGGAUGCUAUAGUCAGCACUCAGCCCGCCAUGAUGGUCAACCUCAGGGCCUGCUCUGCCCCAGGAGGCCUGGUAUCCAGUGAGAAGCCACCCAUGAUGUCUCAGGCCCAGCCAUCCAUCCCCAGACCUACACGAUUAUUCUUACGGCAGCUUCGAGCAUCUCACCUGGGAAGUGAGCUGCAGGGUACUGAGGAACUGUGCUGUGCUGCUGAGCUUGACAACCCCAUGCAACAGAAGUGGACCAAACCCAUGAAGGCUGGUCCUGAGGUGGAAUGGGCAGAGGAUCUGGCACUGGAUCUGGGUCCCCAGAGCCGGGAGCUGACCCUCAAAGUGCUGAGGAGCAGCAGCUGUGGAGACGCUGAACUCCUUGGCCAAGCCACACUGCCUGUGGGCUCCCCCUCGAAACCCCUGUUACGAAGACAAGUGUGCCCACUAACUCCAGGGCCAGGGAAGUCCCUGAGCCCAGCAGCCACCGUGACAGCAGAGCUGCACUACGAGCAGGGCUCCCCUCGGAACCUGGGCACACCCACCUCCUCCACCCCUCGCCCCAGCAUCACACCUACCAAGAAGAUUGAGCUGGACCGGACCAUUAUGCCCGAUGGCACCAUCGUCACCACUGUCACCACUGUCCAGUCCCGGCCCCGCAUAGAUGGCAAAUUAGACUCCCCCUCCCGCUCCCCGUCCAAGGUGGAGGUGACUGAGAAGGAGACGACCGUGCUGAGCGAGAGCGGCGGCCCCAGCAAUGCCUCCCCCAGCAGCAGCCCAGGGGAGAGCCACCUUUCUAAUGGCUUGGACCCAGUGGCAGAGACAGCCAUUCGCCAGCUGACUGAGCCCAGUGGGCGGGCGGCCAAGAAGACACCCACCAAGCGCAGCACGCUCAUCAUCUCUGGUGUUUCCAAGGUGCCCAUCGCUCAGGACGAGUUGGCACUGUCCUUGGGUUAUGCAGCCUCUCUGGAAGCCUCAAUGCAAGAUGAUGCAGGAGCCAGUGGUGGUCCUUCAUCACCUCCCUCAGACCCAUCAGCCACAUCCCCAGGACCCCUCGAUGCCCUCUCCAGUCCCACAAGUGUCCAGGAAGCAGAUGAGACGACCCGUUCGGACAUUUCUGAGAGGCCAUCCGUGGAUGAUGUUGAGUCAGAAACAGGGUCUACCGGUGCCCUGGAGACCCGAAGCCUCAAGGAUCACAAAGUGAGUUUCCUGCGCAGUGGCACUAAGCUCAUCUUCCGCCGGAGGCCCCGACAGAAGGAAGCUGGUCUGAGUCAGUCACACGAUGACCUCUCCAACACGAUGGCCACACCUAGUGUCCGGAAGAAGGCUGGCAGCUUUUCUCGUCGCCUUAUCAAGCGGUUUUCCUUCAAAUCCAAACCCAAGGCCAACGGCAACCCCAACCCCCAGCUCUGAGAGCCCCCCUGAACUAGGAGAGGGCAAGAGUUCUCUCGGUCCAUUCCCCACAUCCCCUUCUGUACCCCUUCCUGGAUUCCCAGUGCUGGGGCACGGAAGGCGUUCCGGUUCUGAGAAGCCCCCGGCACUCUGGGCUGUGGGGUAAAUCGGAAGGAUGCUUGCUUGACAUGGGAAGCAUUCGAGAGGCGGGCGCUCGUUGCUGUGGACAUAGAAGAGAGUUUGGCAGCUGGGAUUAAGAGGCAGGCUCUGUCUAGGCGCGCGUGCGUGGACGUUCUUCAGAAGCCUGUGCCCUCUGCUGGUACUGCCCCAGGGAGGAGCCCCAGGGCACUCAUCUCGGCAGACCCUUCUCCCUUAUUUAUUCUCUUUUCUAUUUAUGUGUGUGGUCUAGGACCCUUGGCAAACAUGCUAGAGGGCAUCUCUCCCAGGUGACCCUUUUCUGUCCCAGGAGGGUAAGGCAAUUUCCAGGAGGGGGUUUCUACACCUCUCCUGGGGGUCCCCACUUAGACCAGCACCAAUGUCUGUCUCAGGAAGACAUUGGCAGAUCAUAGGAAGCCGGGCUAGUGCCCGGGAUGGGGGGCAGGUACUCCCCACCUCCCUACCUCCCACACUGCUCCUCUCCUCUCCUUCCCCUUUAUUACCAUUUUGUACUUGAUGCCUUCUCCAUGAGCAGUGGCUCAGUUAGAAGGAGGGAGCCAGGAAGCGGGCAGGAAGCCUUCCCUAGAGAGGUAGCUUUAGGAGCUUUAAAGACAGACUGAUCAUAGAACAAGGUUGCACCUCUGUGUGUUGGGGGAUGAUGACGAUGUCCAUUGCUGUGUGAUGGCUUGGAAUUUAAUUUAUUUAAUUAAAGUCAAAUUGGAGUUUAUA